AUGGAUUUAAUUAUGAAUCGAUUAUUUCUUCAUUUUCAGUGCAAAACAGUUGAUUUUAUUCUUUAUGCUUCACUACAUAUGGAUCAAUGGUUGAAUGCAUGUGUGGCUACUGAAAGAGCUACUGCUACAAUCAAAGGAGUCAAUUUUAAUAAAGAGAAAAGCAAACAGGUGGCCAAGCUAGCGAUUAUUGCUCUUGUAAUUUUAACAGCGAUUUCUGGAAUUCAUGAUCCUCUUCAUCGACGUCUACUAGAUGAUAAUGAUGAUGAUCAACGUCGAAUCUGGUGUAUUGUUUCAUAUUCAUAUAAUAUUCAAAUUUUCAAUAAAUUUAUUGAAGCGAUUCAUUUUUUUGUUCCAUUCGCUUUAAAUCUCAUCUCGGCACUCAUCGUCAUUAUCAUUGGUGCUCGUCGACGAGCAACUGUCAAACAGGAUAGAACUUAUAAAGAACAUAUAAUUCAUCAAUUUCGACAACAUAGAAAUCUUCUUAUUGCUCCACUAAUGUUUGUCCUUCUUAUUUUUCCACGCAUAAUCAUCGCUUUUGCAUCUGGUUGUAUGAAAUCAUCUCGUGAAUCAACAAUUUAUCUAGCUGGAUAUUUGAUUUCCUUUAUUCCGCCAAUUCUUACAUUUGUUGUAUUUGUUAUUCCAUCAAAAGUGUAUACAGCGGAAUUUAUUGCAACUGUAAAAAAGCAACGAAGACUAAUACGAAUGUAUAUCAAUCGUAUUAUGGAAAAGUGGCACUAA